AUGGGCGGCCACAAAAACGCUUUCAAAGACAUUGAGAGUACACCUCUCUUACAAAAUUCAUCAAGUGAAACUCAAGGGAGGAAUCGAAAUUUGCCAAUAUUCAAGCAGCGAUUUUACACAGUUUCUGAUCAAUCUUCAUCGAAAGCAAAUCUGUCGACAUCGGAGCUUUUAAGAGGAAGAGGUUUGGAGAAUUCAUGUACAUUAAAACAUUCCAUGACAGAAGUGAACACCGGGGAGACGUCAAGACGGCAAUCUUUUAGUGUAAACAGACCGGUAAGCUCCAAACCGGCAUAUGGUCAUCGACUCAGCAUCUUUGUCGACCCGUCGAUCGAUGCGGAAGCGCUUAACGUGCGGGUUGACUCUUUACGGUCCAGGAGACCAUUUGGGUUGAUAGGAAGAGCCCACAGACUUAUUGACUGGGAAAAAUACAGUGUAAGUGAGGAUAAGAUUAAGAGAUUGGCUGAAAAGAGUAAGCACCCAAAAGGUGUUAGGAAAUUUUACGAUGAGCAGAAUGAGUUGAUAUCAGAAUAUGAGGAUGUGGACAGGCUUUUGGACACGGGAGUUCAUUACGAGAUGAUUCAGAAUUACGAUGAGAAUACUUCUUCCGGAACAUCCGAAGACGAGACUUCUGACGAGGAAACAGAUGGAAUAAAUACUCCUUCAAAAGUGUCGCAGCAAAAAAAGAGUGGUGAAAAUAUCGAGGAUGUGUCUGGAACAGUGAUAACUGCGGAGGAUCCAGCUUUUGAACCAAAUCCUUCAUCCAAGCCUUCGGCACCAAAGAAAACACCAAAUUCAGGAUCAGGAUCAGGAUCAGGAUCAGGAUCAGGAUCAGGAUCAGGAUCAGGAUCAGGAUCAGGCUCUUCAAGUCUACAUAGACAUGUUUCAGAGGGUGCUGUUCCAGGUAAUAUCGAUGCAAGGGGUAAAAAGGUGCUAGGCGAAGAGCAGGAUGGUGAUAAGAAGGUGAAGACAGCAAUUUAUGUCAACUUUGUGGUCAAUAUCCUUCUUUUACUUGCCAAGAUAGUUGUUGUAUACGCUUCUAAGUCCAUGUCUAUUAUUGCAUCUUUAGUCGACUCUGUUUUGGACUUUAUGUCGACGCUUAUCAUCUUUUUUGCAAACAAAUACGCAGCCAUAAAGUCUGCCCGUUUCCCUAUUGGUCGAAAGAGAUUGGAGCCAAUCGGGGUGCUUGUUUUCUCGAUUGUGAUUAUCAUCUCGUUUCUUCAGGUGAUGAUUUUGUCUAUAGAGCGUCUUUUUGGUUCCAGUCACAGCUUGGUCACAUUAACUCUUCCUUCGAUAACUAUCAUGGUGUCGACUAUUCUGGCUAAAGUCGUCUGCUAUCUAUGGUGCUCAUCUAUCAAAAAUUCAUCAGUUGAAGCUUUGACACAAGAUGCGAAAACGGAUGUUAUCUUCAACACAUUUUCGCUUCUAUUCCCUCUUGCCGAGUGGUUUUUCAAAAUAUGGUGGAUUGAUGCAUUAGGUGCCUGCUGCCUCUGUAUGUAUGUGAUGGGACAAUGGUCAAUGAUAAUGUUUGAGCACAUAGAUCAUCUCUCUGGCUCUCAUGCCUCUAAAGAGGAGUAUUCACAAAUUCUUUACCUGAUUUUCAGAUUCAGUGAUAAAAUUUCUGCGGUGAAGAACUAUCGGAUGUAUCAUCAGGGUGAUCUUGUUAACGUUGAAGUUGAUAUUGUUAUCUCGGACCACCACUUAGGAUUAAGGGAUUGCCAUGAUUUAGGAGAGUCGCUUCAGUACGCAAUAGAGACAAUUCCGUAUGUUGAAAGAUGCUUUGUCCAUUUAGAUUAUAAAGUGAGGAACUACAAUGGUCACUUGCAAAGCUGA